AUGGUUUCAUACACUGACUUAGAACAAGAAAUAGUUGAAGAUAUCAAUCAGAAACAAUUGCACAAUCCAUCAGAACCCGGCGAAAUCAAUGAAAUAGGCGUGAUGGCAAAGGAUCAAGUUAUUCCUGCAUCAGCAACAACAGGAUCUCAACAAAGGGAAAGGAAAAGUUACAAUCCUAAAACCCGACUACAGCCGAUCCAAUUCUCACCCAUGAUCGUACCUUUGUCUACAAGAGAUGAUCAAAAUGGGGUUGCUGCAAGAUUUGAGGCUCAUGUAAAGGAAUUAGUAGAUAAUGUGAAAUUAAGUACUUCACUUGAAACUGUAAAAGAAGCUAUUUCAGAGCUCAGGAUUUUAGCCAAGGACUUGGAUAACCAAAUCAUAAUAGCGAGUUGUGGAGCUAUCGGCCCUUUGGUUAACCUCCUUCGUAGUUCACACAUGAAUACUCAAGAAAACGCGGUCACUGCUAUCCUGAACUUGUCUAUCAGCAACAACAAUAAGGUUAACAUUAUGAAAGCUAAGUCAAUUGAGCCUCUUAUCCAUGUCCUUCAGACGGGGACUCCUGAGGCCCAAGAAAAUGCUGCUGCAACUCUGUAUAGUUUAUCUGUAUUUGAAGAGAAUAAGAUUAGGAUAGGGAAUUUAGGAGUUAUUGAUGCAUUGGUGGAGUUGUUAGGGAAUGGAACACCCCGUGGUAGGAAGGAUGCGGCCACUGCUUUGUUCUACUUGUCUACACAUACUGAUAAUCGGCACCUUUAG